AUGGACGGUUACGUAAUCCAGGAAGAGCACCAGUCUAUUGGUUCAAUCUUUGGCAAACCGCCAAGUCUUUCUGAUUACGGACUACAACCACCAGCAAGGGUAUUUGAAUUGGUUGAUGAUAGGCUGAAAAUUUUGUUUAGAGACGCUGGAAUAAUAGACAAAGUUCAGGAGUUGUACAAAGUCUUGGAGAGAUUUUCUCAUGGAACUUUUAAGGUUAUAAAUCAUAAAGGACAGGUCUUUACCGGUACAGACGCGGACAAACUGGAAAAUCACGACUCUUAUACGUUUGUGGUAUCUGUUAUCACGCUGCAAACGAUAGACGUUGGAAAAUUGAUUCAAAAAGCCAUUGCAGGAUUGAUGUUUACAGAAGUGAUGAAAGGGUGGUUUUUACAAAACGCGAUGCUCGCGUUACAUCCAAAGGUCAAGCCAAAUCGUCUCAAUCACGAAUGCCAUUCCUCUCGAUGGACUAUAAUCGCCUACGACUACUCGACGCUUGAGUUAACCACGCCGCAAUCGCCAGAACCCCUCUAUUGUUGUGCAAUUUCAUCAGAUUCACUGAUAGUGACUGACGGAGACACGUCUCGGCAAUCGAGUACGUUGUACGUGAAAAUAUCAAGUUGGGAUGAAGAUGACAUUAUUGGUUGGGGUGUUUUGAAUAUCAAAGUCAGAUUUUCUAAAACAAUUGACGACUAUGAGGGCUAUGAUGCCUGGCUAGUUGAUUAUAGGAAGUCGCCAAUAACCAAAACCUCCCACAGCCAGUCUACUCUUGACCAGAUGGUCUAUGACGUUGCAGCUGUGAUCGACGAAUUCUAUCCUGUUGGCCAAGGUCACUGUUGUAGAGGUGCUCUAUGCCAUAGCGCAUCGUUAUGCUUUGGAUUAUUGUGCAGACAUGAGAAUAUUAGCGAAGCGAUUCACAAUAAUCAAGAUGAAUUCUUUGGAAUGGUAAAUCUUACGGCCAUCCCCCAUUUGAAGAAGAUGUUGAAUGCUGGGAAACUUGUGGAUGAUAAAGGACGAAAUGUUUAUGUAACAGAAGAGAAUAUUCGGUCAAAUUUGAAUUCCCAAUUGCUUUUAUUAGUGGAAGGCGGAACACAUAGAAAUCGUUCGAGGAUUAAUGAUAAGGAUAAUUAUGACAGAUACGCGGUUGACGGUUAUGGCCAUCUUGAUGCUUGGUGGGCAAAUUCUGCACACGAGAAAGUCUUAAUAACUCUGUCAAAGAUUCCGAUAUAUACGACAUAUAUAGUAUCCAACAAUAAGCUCUCGCCAUGA